GUGCAACAUAAUGAUUCGAGGUUUGUAUAUAUUGCAAAGUGAUCCCCACAAUAGGUCUAGUUAACAUCAUUCUCCACACAUAGUUACCGAAUUUUUUUCUUGCGAUGAGAACUUUUAAGAUCUAGUCCCUUAGCAACUUUAAAUAUGCAAUACAGUAUUGUUAACUAUAGUCACCCGGCUGUGCCUUACACGCCCAGGACUUACUUAUAUUAGAACUGGAAGUUUGUACCUUUUGACCAGCUUCACACAUUUCGCCCACCCUGAAUUUCAUUUUUUAAAUCCAGUAGCAAUUUUUUGCUUUCAAUGGGCUGCCGGGUGUGCCCGAGGCUUGCAAAACACAGGACUGCCCACUCGAUGGGUUUUUACACCCACACACCCCUCUGGGGUGUGCAGUCGGUGUUCAAGUUAAGUUUGUUCUUUUGGCCUUACUCAUGUUCUCCCUAACUUUGUUUUCUAAGUCCUCUCUCACACUUGUUAACUGGCCCGGACUCCCUCAACAGAAGCCUCCAGCCAAGGGGAGGAAGAGGCCACUUUCUGGGGAUCGCCUAGGGCAGCCACUGUGACAGAUGCCAGCCCAGGGCGGGGCGCACUGCUGUAGUUGUUGGAUGAAUGUGUGGCGCCUGGGUGGGUAUGAAGUUAGAGACCCCCAGACUGGACUCAUGGAGCUAACACACACAAACCGGGCAGGACCGGCAUAGGGGACAGCUCUGAGUGCCCCAGGGCAGGACCCCAGGCCAGGAAUGCAGGCACCAAGAGAUGCCAAGCCCAGGAGCCACUAUGGGUGGUCCUGAGGAGACAGGAAAGAGUCCCACGGUGCUGUAUAGACUCUGCUUCAUGGCUUGUCCCCUACCUGCCCUGCUUUGGCUAGCACAGGAGGGAACUCAGUGAGGGCACCUGGGAAUGGGGAAAGGGUAGGAGGAGCCACAGAGAGAAAGGUGGGCCACAGGGACCAAAGGACCUUCAGCUGCCUCUGGGGACAUUAGCAGGACCAUUGGACCCCUUGGCUGGCUCCCAAAGGGCAGGCAUGUACUGGUGGGGGGGCAUGGAUGGCGCCUCGAGUCCAGAGCAGGUAAAAGGCAGAGCUACGCCUGCUGCUGUGUGGCAUGAGGCAGCAGAAAAGGAGGAUUUUCAGAGUUUCUGCACUUAUGGCGCCUCCCUCAGGCUGUGGGAAGGAGGGCCCUGUCCUGACAGGGUUUGCCUGGAACCCAGCAGGUUCCAGGUGAGCCGCUGGCCAUGUGCCUGCAAGAAGACAUUUAAUCUUCCCCUGGCAACAGCUCCUGGGAGUUUUCCAGGAGUCUCUGGGUAACCAGAUAGCCCUUGCCAGCCCUGGAUGAGGAAGCCAAUCCCCAGCAGUGGACAGGAUGGUCUGGCAUUACGGGGCAGCCUCUGAGGCCAGGCCGCAGGGCAGGACGACCUGCAUCCCCAGACAUCGGAUGCUGCGGCCAGAGGUACAGAAACGCAGGGGCUGGGGCCUCCUGCCCUCCUGGCUUUCCCAGCAGCUUCUCUCAAAAGGGCCUUCAGGACUUCUGGACGAAAGAUAGGAAUCCUGGGGCUGGGAAGACCUGUGAGUAGAGUGGGCCUCGGGGCCCUGCGGACAGAGUCCCUGACGCUGGCUGAUUUCAGCCCCACAACAAGGGCGGGUUGCGUGUCCCCCAAGGGUCCACUGCUGAGUUCUUUCUUACUCCUGCCUGAUCGAACAUAGAACAUCACACCCCUGCCACCCUGGCCCCUGGCUGGGCAGAUGCCCAGGCCCCCCACGCCGCCCCAGGGUGGCUCUCAGUUCUCCCCCCAACUCCUCUCCUAUGCAUGAGGGCCUGGAAAGCUUUUCCCACUUCCAGCCACACCAGUGAGGCGUGAAGAGCAGUCAUGUGGGGGCAGCUGGGGGAGUGAGUGUGGUUUCCCCUAGACUCCCAGGCCAGACGGAGCAGAGGGGCAGCUGGGGCUGGCCCAGGGGACCACGGAGGCUGGCCAGACAGAGAGCUGGCCCCGUUGUCCACCCAAGGCUCCGACUGUCUCUCCAUGAGCAGCCCCUGGGGUGGGGUGAGAAUAUCCAGGAGCAAGAACACCCACAGGUAGGUUUUGGCCAUUGGGAGGUGUCUGCAGAAGAGAGGAGACCCGAGAGAAUUCAUGCCCCAUGCUCUGCUCACCAUGGCUCCUCCGCCAGCAGCCACGUCCCCACUGAGGCUCCAGUUCCCACCGGUGAGCACCCUCUCCCUGCGGCACCCUGCUGGGCAGCCCCAGCCCUUGGAAUGCCAGCACCUCCCCUCCUCCUGCUGUCUUUCCAGCCGUGGGCGUGGCGAUGCAUCCCGCUGUCGCUGAUCUCUGUGUUGCCUCAUUGUCCCCUGAGUCCAGACAUGAGUCUUCUGUAGAGUUUGGACCGGCAUCUCUCCCAUUACAGUGUGGAUGCUCAUCUGGUUCAGUAGGUCUGGAGCAUUGCUAACAAGCUCCAGGUGACACUGAUGUGGUCGGUCCUCGGGCCACACCUUGAGAAGGGAGGACCAGGGAGAUUUUUAUUUUCCUGAAACAAUGUGCCAGGCCCUCUGCUAGGUCACACAGGUGAAACAAAUUGACCUGUUUGUGAUCCAGGGAGGGAGACAGACACAGUCAGAUGACACAACCACACAUCACCAUAAAUGACCCCAUUAGUGAGUGCUCCAAAGGAUGGACAGGUGGCUGUGAACAGUCGGGUCCUCGGGACGGCUUCCUUGACACCUUGAUGAAGCCGUGUGUGAGCCGAGAACCAGAGAAGGGGCGGCGGGAGGUCUCAGGAGCAGAGCAUGAGCAAGGCUGCGUGACAGAGGGACUGUGCGUUCUGUGGUCCGAGAGGAGGCCAGCCCGCUGGAGCACAGUGAGGACUCCCCGGGGAGUGGGCCCACAAGCUCAGGCUGCCGGGCACCGAGCUGGCUCCUCUUCGCCCACAAGAGGGUCUGCACCUGAGCUCCGCUCCCCAUGCGCUCAGGCCUCCCCAUCUCCCGCGGCCUGAGUCCAGCUUCCAGGAAGGUCUCCAGGUGCCGGCAGCUGGGGCUCUCAGACACCUCCUGCUCGGCUGGCAGCCACCCCCAGACUGCCUGGCGCCUGAGCUUGGCUGCUCCUUCCUGACAACAAGGCUGUUGUGGAGCCCGCAUUAAAAAGGGGCAGUAGCAGGGCGCAGGUCCCUGCCCACACACAUAGACACGGGGUGGGGACAGCAAGCCUCUUCCCGCUGACCCUUGGUGGUUUAGUUUCCCCAACAAAACCCACUUCUUCUCCCCAUAUGCUGGGUGACACUGUAGCAUUUUCCUUCACCCCCUCACCACGUUAGGGCUUUGUCUAUGUCUUAAGAGCAACGGAAGCCAUCAAUGGGGUAAGCGUUAUCUGACUGCGCUUGUGUUUCCAACACCUUUAGGGCUACAGCAUGAAGAGUGGGCUGUAGGAAAAGAAGCAAGAGAAAUGGGGGAGACCAUGGAGAGAGGAGCUGUGUGUGGACAUGGCAGCCCUGAUAUCAGCUCAGGGGCCCUGGGCCACAGAAGCACCAGGAGCCAGGAGCUGGCACUGAACGCUGAGAGCAGCCACCAGCCCCAAGAGCAGCUCCAGGCUGGGUCCACGCUGGACGCAGGAGCAGGCAGCCGGCGGACCGGGCAGGGCUGUGAGGAUGGAGGGAAGCUGGGGGGCCGGGCGCAGCUAACGUCCUGAGCUCCCCGUGCCCUUGACUUCUCUGUGGGCUGGAGAAAGGACCGCUUCACCUCAAGAUGAACCCUCCCUCAGAGCCACAAGUCCCUCUGGGCCUGGCCCAGGAGCCCGGCUGUGUGGCCACCCCAGCCUCACCCAGCAGGUGGAGUGGCUCCCGGAGCAGCACCUCCAGCCUGGGCCAACCUCUGCCCGUCGGUCCCACGGCAGCCGGGGCUCAGGCUGAUGCGUGGGUCCCCUUCCCCACAGUCGAUGUUCCAGACCACGCCCACUACACCAUGGGCACCGUGAUCCUGCUGGUGGGGCUCACGGGGAUGCUGGGCAAUCUGACGGUCAUCUAUACCUUCUGCAGGAGCAGAGGCCUCAGGACACCUGCCAACAUGUUCAUUAUCAACCUUGCCGUCAGCGACUUCCUCAUGUCCUUCACCCAGGCGCCUGUCUUCUUUGCCAGCAGCCUCUAUAAGCAGUGGCUCUUUGGGAAGGCAGGCUGUGAAUUCUAUGCCUUCUGUGGGGCUCUCUUCGGCAUCACCUCCAUGAUUACGCUGACGGCCAUCGCCCUGGACCGCUACCUGGUGAUCACACGCCCACUGGCCACUGUUGGGGUGGUGUCCAAGAGGUGGGCAGCACUUGUCCUGCUGGGCAUCUGGCUCUACGCCCUGGCCUGGAGUCUGCCGCCCUUCUUUGGCUGGAGCGCCUACGUGCCCGAGGGGCUGCUGACCUCCUGCUCCUGGGACUACAUGACCUUCACGCCGUCCGUCCGCGCCUACACCAUGCUGCUCAUGUGCUUCGUGUUCUUCCUCCCCCUGCUCGUCAUCGUCUAUUGCUACGUCUUCAUCUUCAGGGCCAUCCGGGAGACAGGCCGGGCCCUCCAGACUUUCGGGGCCUGGGAGGGCGGCGGCGAGUGCCCCCGGCAACGGCAGCGGCUGCAGAGCGAGUGGAAGAUGGCCAAGAUCGUGCUGCUUGUCAUCCUUCUCUUCGUGCUCUCCUGGGCCCCCUACUCCGUGGUGGCCCUGGUGGCCUUUGCGGGGUACGCGCACGUGCUGACGCCCUACAUGAACUCAGUGCCGGCUGUCAUCGCCAAGGCCUCUGCCAUCCACAACCCCAUCAUUUAUGCUAUCAUCCACCCCAAGUACAGAAUGGCCAUCGCCCAGCACCUGCCCUGCCUGGGGGUGCUGCUGGGCGUGUCGAGCCAGCGCACCCGUCCGUACACCAGCUACCGCUCCACCCACCGCUCCACACUGAGCAGCCAGGGCUCAGACCUCAGCUGGAUCUCCGGACGGAGGCGCCAAGCGUCCCUGGGCUCUGAGAGCGAGGUGGGCUGGAUGGACACGGAGGCAGCAGCUGUGUGGGGCGCUGCCCAGCAAAUGAGCGGAUGGUCCCCCUGUGGUCAGGGCCUGGAGGACAUGGAAGCCAAGGCCCCUCCCAGGCCACAGGGAUGGGAAGGAGAGGCUCUCCGGAAGGUGAUUGGGCCCAGCACCUGCCAAUCUGUAAAGGGUGGGGACAAGGGGCACGUAGCCCAGGGAAUGGCCAGAUCAAGGGGCUGCUCCCCAGCCUGGACCCCAGGAUGUAGGGUGCCCAAUGGCUCUCCUUCUCUUCUGGGACACAUCCAGCCACCUCACGUCCCCCUCACACACACAGACCCAGGAUUACCCUGUGAGCCUGCAGGCUUUUGAAGUGGCCGCGGCACCCAUGCUGUGCUGGAUUCACGGCUCCGUACCACUAGACUCCUGCCCUGCUAAGUGGUCUGCACCCACGUCUCAGCUCAGCAGCCUGCACCCCAGGCACAGCCUGCCGAGUGGGAGCGCAGGCCCUCCCGCUUCCAGCAUUCUCCACCUCUCCUCAAAUGCUGUGUGCUGUGAUUGUCCAGGCGAGGACAAUGGUGAUGGCUCCGUGGGACACAUCAGUUAUUUAUGAGCUGCCUCUGCACCCGGGCUGGGCACUUCCCCGGCACGGGAAGGCCAGCACAGCGUCUCCCACAGCUGGCAGUUGAAGCCCAGCAGAGAUCUGUGUGUGCUGGAAACUGUCCCUCACCUCUGGCUUCUCCCCCCAUGUGCCCUUUCCGCCACGGCCCACGCUCUUGUGCACACACGCAUUUUCGGGCACCUUCUCCUGUAUGUACAUAUUUGCAUGCACACCAAGCACAAACUGCACCUGGGGUUUGUUUCAAAUCAGUGGUCUAAAUUCAUCCCAGGGCUGUGUGUCUCUGACAGGGUAUAGGAAAAUAAAAAGCAGAGGAGUUCA